AUGAGGAGGAGCCGCCGUUCCCUGCGGGGCGUCCGCGGGGUCCGGCCCUUCCCGCUGGAAGUGACUCCAGAGGAAAGUUGGGAUCAUCCCAGGAUCCCUCCCUGCCGGGCAGGGAUUUUCCAGGAUGUGGGAUCCACGUCCUUGUGGCGCCUCAGGGCCCCCAAAUUCCCGGUGGGAGAACAUUCCCAGUGCCCAAUUGGGAAUAUUUGGGUGGCCAGGCUUCCCAGACCCCCCCUGUCCGUGCCUGCCAGCGGGAAUUUUCCCUGGAAUGCCCCGUUUUCCUUGACUUUGGGGCUCAGGAUCGAGAGCAAACACGAGGUGACGAUCCUGGGAGGACUCAACGAGUUCGUCGUCAAGUUUUAUGGACCACAAGGAACUCCUUAGGAAGGCAGAGUAGGGAAAGUCAGAGUGGAUUUUCCUCGGGAUCACUGGGAAUUCUUUGUUCCUGCCGCAGAUCUCACCAACAUCUUCGAGUCGUUCCUGCCCCAGCUCCUGGCGUAUCCCAAUCCCAUCGAUCCGUUGAACGGAGACGCCGCUGCCAUGUACCUCCACCGACCAGAAGAGUACAAACAGAAAAUCAAAGGUGAGGCAUUCCCGGGAUUCCAGCCCUGGAAAAAUCCGGGAGCCGCGGCCCCGGUUUUUCCCCCUCUUCCAGGGACCUUUUUCCGGUGGAAAACGGGGGUGAUGUGGAGUAGGGAAUGGGAUGUGGGAUGUGGGGAUGGGUUUGGAAUCAUCGACACACCCUAAGUGGGGAAAGCUGGAGGGAAAGUGGGAUAGGAUUCCUUGGGAUUUUGAGGAAUGGGGGGAAUGAUUCAGUGUGUGAUGGAAAAAAUAUCAGGAAAAUUCCAGUCGGGAGCAUCCAGGAAAAAAAUGACUGGAUUCAACACAAAGUGGUUUGUUGGAGGUUCUUUGGGAAGUUGUGGGAGCAGGAAUCCAGGGAUUGGU